AACAAUGAAAAAAAGGGAUGAAUGACUUUGUCUUCGUUGUCUACGUCAACGCGCUCGCCCUCUUCUUCGUCUUGCUUCCAUCUUCCUUUCUCUUCUAGAGGACAAGAACUUUCACCUCUCGCAUGUGUUGGCAUCUAAAUUGGUUUAUCAGGUUUCCCCCAAUUCUAUCUGUCAACAAGUUCUGGUCCCUCUUCUCAGACAUGUGCAUGGAAUUCACUUUAGAGUGCUUGCCCUACUGAGAGUCUGAAAUCCAUUUUUUGAGUUCAAGAGAAGAGAAUACGAAACCAACAGUGGAUCGACAUCGAGACGUCAAGGCAAAAUUGGGCCAAAGUGAUUUACAAAACGACUGUAGCAGAUUGUAAGUAAUUUGCAGGGAUGCGGGAUCUGCAUGUGUGUCUUUUGUGACUCUGCAGUUUCAAGAGAGAGAGAGAGAGAGAGAGAGAGAGAGAGAGAGAAAGAGAUAAGAUGAGCAUUGAGGGAGAGAGAGAGAGAGAAAGAGAUAAGAUGAGCAUUGAGGGUUUUCUGCCAUUUAUUGGAAUGGUGAUCGCGAUGAUGGUUCAAACUGGGAGUAUGGUGGUAAACAAAGCAGCCAUGUCCAAAGGGACCAACGCCUACAUAAUCGUCGUCUAUGCCAACGCCGUCUCCGCCCUCAUUCUUCUCCCUUCCGCUCUCAUCUUCCACAGAUCGGAGCGCCCUCCCCUUACAUUCUCCAUCCUCUGCAAAAUCUUCUUGCUAGCACUGUUUUGUUGUACAUCGCAAAUAUUUGGAAAUAUUGGCAUAGAAUACAGCUCUCCCACACUUAGCACGGCCAUGCUUAACCUCAUUCCAGCUUUUACUUUCAUACUUGCCAUCAUUUUCAGGAUGGAAAGAGUUUACUGGAGAAGCUCAAGCAGCCAAGCAAAAGUUUUGGGAACCAUAGUAUCAAUCACAGGAGCAUUUGUUGUAACAUUUUACAAAGGCCUACCAAUCAUACGGCUAUCAUCAUCACUUGCUAGUUUACUCAACCAACUGAUCCUUUCCUCAUCGAAAUCAAACUGGAUCCUUGGAGGGUUUUUUCUUGCAGCUGACGCCUUGUCAACUUCUUUAUGGUACAUUCUGCAGGCAACAAUCGUUAAGAAGUACCCUGCAAUUGUGUUCAUUGUCUUUUUCCAAUGCUUAUUCGCGACCAUGCAGUCUGCAGCAUUUACUUUAAUUGCAGUUAGAGGUGCAAGUGCCUGGGAAAUAAGGCUGGAUGUGGGGAUCAUUGCUAUUUUAUACACAGGAAUUGUUUCGACGGUUCUCCGAUACAGUUUAGUCACCUGGUGUGUGAAGAAGGCUGGAGCUUUUUAUUGUUCUAUGUUUAAGCCUCUUGGAAUCAUUUUUGGUGUGAUCAUGGGUGUCAUAUUUUUGGGAGAUUCAGUCUAUCUUGGAAGCUUAGUUGGUGCAGCAAUAAUUGUUACUGGAUUUUAUGCCAUGAUGUGGGGAAAGGCCAAAGAAGAGAAGCUGAUCGAAAUCGAAUCACUAGACCAAAACAAGCUCCCUUUGCUACAAAACGGCUUACAAGAGAAGCAGUAGUGCACAAGUGUUCUAUGUAAACUAAUGACAUUAUUAAUUGAAGAUUAUUUGUUUGAAAUAAAAAAAUUGCAGAUUAUUUGUUGUUUUUUGAUUAGUUAUAAAUUUCUGAAC